GCGCCCGCGCAACGACACGCGUCAGUAAACAGUCAGUGUAACUUGAACAUAGCUACCAUCCGCAGACGUUCAUAAUUGAGUUUCAACUUCAGUCACCGUCGACGCCGCGAUAGGUGCUGUCGCGUGCCUUCAUUUCUCGUGUUUAUGAGUUGUCGUGUCGGGUGCAGUGUACACAUCACCAGAAUGUAACUGAAUUGCAGUGUACCCUACAAACGCCUCUCUUCCCUUCCUUAUCGUCCUAGCGUCUAACGAAACUGUUAUUACUUUCUAAAAGCCGUAUUUAAUUUUCCGCGUGUGUCGUACCGAGCUCGCGCCAACAAAUGAACAAACGUGUGUGUGUAUAAAUAAAUAUUAAUUUAAUAGCUGCCUUUUUAUUGUAAAAGCUACAUAAAGUUACAAAUAUGACUAUUUCUUACGCGGGUGAAGUGCCGAACGGUAGCAGUUUCGGUUGCUUCUGGAGGAUCCUUCUCAAAUGGCGAGGCAGCGUGUACAAGCUUGUGUGGCGCGAGCUCCUAGCUUAUCUCACACUCUACUACACAAUCAACUUAGUAUAUCGGUUUGCACUCACCGAGGAACAACAGAGGAUAUUCGAGAGGGUGCGGCAGUACUUCGGCGCGCAAAGCGAGUCGAUCCCCAUGUCAUUCGUGCUCGGGUUCUAUGUCAGCCUGGUGGUGAAGCGAUGGUGGGAGCAGUACAAGCUGCUGCCGUGGCCUGACACGCUGGCCCUCUUCAUCAGCGCGGGCAUCCCUGGAGCGGAUGAAACAGGGCGGCUGAUGCGGCGGAACAUAGUACGGUACGCGAUCCUGGCAUACGUGAUCACCUUGCAGCGAGUGUCACUCAGGGUCAAGCGGCGCUUUCCCUCGUGGCAACACGUCGUCGACUCUGGGCUUAUGCUGGAAUCAGAGAGAAAAGUAUUCGAGAAGAUGGACGGGAAGAGCCCCAUGUCAAAGUACUGGAUGCCCCUAGUCUGGGCCACGAAUAUCAUCAACCGAGCGAGGAAGGAAGGCCUGAUUACCAGCGACCAUAUAGUCCAGACCCUGUUGGUGGAGCUGUCGGACAUCAGGCGCAGAUUGGGGGCGCUGAUUGGGUACGAUACCGUGUGCGUACCACUCGUCUACACACAGGUGGUGACGCUGGCUCUGUACACGUACUUCGUCGCCGCUCUGAUGGGAAGGCAGCUGGUGCCGCCCGCUCCUGGCAGCACCUCCAAGUACGAGCCCGAUGUUUACUUCCCCCUGUUUACAGCUUUGCAGUUUUGCUUCUACGUGGGAUGGCUGAAGGUGGCCGAGGUCCUCAUCAAUCCAUUCGGUGAAGACGAUGAUGAUAUUGAACUGAACUGGUUGAUCGACAGACACAUCAAGGCUGCCUAUAUGAUAGUCGACGAAAUGCAUGAGGAACAUCCAGAACUCCUCAAAGAUCAGUAUUGGGAAGAGGUUGUGCCCAAAGAUCUGCCUUACACGGUUGCUUCGGAGCACUACCGACGUCACGAGCCCUCUUGCUCCGCCGACCAUUAUAAGGUCAAGACCGAAGAUGCUGUCUACGCAAAUGUCCAGCUGCCUAGAAAAAGCCAUGAUGAAACUUACGCUGACUAUGAAAGUGUAGAUACACCAUUGGUAGAACGACGAAAAAACUGGUUUCAGAGACAGAUCUCAAGAAUGGGGUCCGUUCGUUCCGCGUCCACCGCGUACUCUUCCGGUGGAUUCUUCGGCCGGAACCGACACAAUUCUGUGGUUUACUCCAGCCCCGAAGCCGGCCAGCCAAUAUCACCCCCCAACCCUCACCACAAGAUGUCGCUUUACGAGAGGCUUGUUGGACGAAAGUCUGGAAGAGGCCAACAUCGACAGAAUUCGAAACAUGGCCCAAAAAGCAACGGCUCAGUAAUACCGACAGCUUUACGCAAUCGACCGCGCAUACCCACGCCUGGUCCGGAGUCUAAAGAAGUUUCGGAAAGGGAAAACCGGAUCGCCAUGGGCAUGCAAAACAUGGGAGUGAUAAUGGCUCACCAGGGGUACCAGAACGAGGUGCCAGUGCUUGGCGCGCUGGUCCUCUCCCCUAUUCAAGAGCUGGACAGUGGGUCAGUGAACAACACACUUCACGCUGGUCAGCCGGGCACCACUGCGCUGGCGCAAGCUGUCCUAUCGCCAGGAUUGGCACAAGGUAUGACGCUAACGGGCCCAGUUGUCUCGCCCGUCACGUUAGCUCCAAUGGGGGUUUCCCAGAUUACGCUAGUGAGGAGUUCGGCACCUCCCAGCCCAAGACCCGACCACAGCACGCCGCCAAUCCCGCGAGCGACUGCCACAGAGAUACCGUCCGACCGUGAAAGCGAGCAUAGCGGUACGAGAACACCGCCGGAAUUCAAUAGAAAACCCAAUGGCUCCAAGCGAGGCGAAGUCUACGUAUAACACCCGGAUUAGGUACAUAAUUUAAAUUCUACCUUUAGAAGUUUUAUGAAGUCCAUUUUAAUAAAACGAUACAGUACCAAGUACUCUAAAGGUAGCCGAUUUUAAUUUCACUAGGUUUUCGCUUGUAGCGCUGGGUAUAGAUUUAUGGACGAACUUGCGCUUUAAAACAAGACUGUUAAAGUCCAUUUUAUUUUAACGUCAAAGAGUUUUGACGUUCCAAUCCUAUCAACAUUCGUGAGAUGUAAAAUCUUAUGCAAACGUUAGUACCUUCGUUGCAAAUGCCUAUAUGUUAAGUAUGUUAAGGAAGGACAGAUCUGUAAAGGAUCUCGUAAAAGCAAUGUAACCGGUGAUUCUCAUCCCUUAUUGCCUGAUAUUACUCGUCUAGCUACUGGAUUUUCACCAUUGAUGAGCACGCCCAUACGACUAAGAAGAGUGGCUGAAUUGUUUACUAUAGACGGAAUAGAAAGUGACUUAAUUCGAGUAAAAUAAUUUGUUUUAAAUAUUUCGUGUUGUUAAGUAAAAUCUUUGAUUAAAGAGAAGAAUGAACUUUUUGACUAUUAAAACCGGAUUGUACCGUUCAUCGGGGAAAGUGACAUUUUAUAACGUCAAGCAUACAAAACUGCGGCCGUGCCAGUGCCGAUUUAGAACGAGAAAGUGCGGAGGAUCCAAUAGUCCGCGACAGGUUGAAAUGGCAAUCGGAGAGGGAACGCCCCGCACAUCCAUCAGCUGUGCGGCUGAUGCGGGCGAGCGCGGAUGACGUGCGGGUGUGCAGGACAUCCCCCCGCCUCAUACCCCAAUUGCCAUCUCGGACUAUAGAUUGCUUCCUAAACAUGUAAUUCUAGGUCGGAUCCUAGAUUGCCUCUUAGUUCGGCUGGCAGGAGCAGAUAUGCAUCCGAUAUUGUGGCAAUUUCCUAGAUUAUGGCAACCAUCCUGCCAACCUGCCCAAGAGAGUUCCAAUCUAGCUGCCUCCUAAAUCGGCCCUGCCAUGAGCAAAAUGCUUUAUGGAAGCGCUAUAAAAGCGCGGACGUCGACGAAAUCAGCGUUUUCCGCUACAUUUGACCCUAACCUUAAGUAGCCAGUUCUAGUUUAUGGAAACUUGUGAUUAAAACACAAUCAUUGUUAUUGAUUGGAUUUCUGGUACCUUUAAUUUAUUAUUUUACGAACAUAAUUUUCAAAUGCACAAGAUAUUCAGCUAAUUCUAAUGAUUGUGAUUAUAGGAAUUGCUUAAGUUGUGGCGUAAGUACCUAAUGAUAUGAUAUUGUUUUUGUAUAUUACAGCUAUUUUUUUGAAUUCUCACUUUUCAUGUUUAGUAUACAUACAAUAUUCGAUGAAAAAAUCUUUUUUUUUUUAAAUUAAAAUUUAAAAAAAAGUUUUUUUUUUUAAAUUUUGAUCUGAUUAAGAUUUAAGAAUGAAUUUAUAACUAUUUCAAUAAAGAGUGCUCAUUCGUUUGUACACAAUCUCACAUACUAAAUUGUAGGUAAGUAUAUACACAAUUUGUCAGAUUUAAGCUGUGUUUUCCUUUUUUACUGGUAGCAUUGUGAGAAAGACAAUACUAUUUUUGUGUUAGUUUAUUUAAGGGAUUGUGUACAACUGUUUUAGCACAUAUGAUUGUGAACAGUUUUAAAAUUUAAUAAGUCAAUACUGUUUGGUUUAAUUAAUAAUCAAAAAAAUUAAUGAAGUAGGGCCAUGAAUAAUAAAUUAACUCACACUAUAACGAGCUCCUGGAUCAAUUAUUAUUAAAACCAUGAGUCACGCGAGCGAAUAGUGAACGAAAAGUAGAACAAUAUAAAAGUGAGCUGUGCUCUAAAAAAUUGUCUCGUUUUCACGCUGACAAACAAACAUACAAACGUAUUGCCAACUUCACGCCUAUUUCAACUCCCCUUAGCACCGUAAUAUGAUCUGUGAUUGGCUGACUGUUACUCCCUAUUAAGUAUUAUUCCCUAGUAAUAUUGUAAAAUUUCAAUAUACUAAGUAUAGUUAUCAUGUACAAUUACAGUGAGAAUACAAUAAAGCUUUAUUUACGCCACCGCAAUAUAGUGCGACAUUGCGGCAUGCGACAGUACUGCAGCCCGCAUUGGUAUCAUAAUUUAAAAUGUUGCAAAAAUGCAGACCAUAAGACCGAUAUUACGAUUCUCGUCAUAAAAUAGAAUGCCGCAUGCUGCUCAUAACCACAUAACAGCUAAUUUCUACGUGAAGCAUGCCGUAUUGUCGCCCGUUGUUGCUCCAGUAUAAAACAGGGAUUGUAGCAAUAUUAUGAUAAUCUUAAGAGUGCUGGCAGUCUUGCUCUGUAAACUUUGACUCGUUUAGAUGUUAAGGACUUUAUUGACCAGAAAAUCUAGGCAAAGGCCAAUUUUACAAGGAAAAAUAUAAAAAAGAGGAGUUCAUUACUUGAGAGAGGAUUAAUUCAAUAUUCAAGCGUAUUUUCAAAGACGCAUUUAGUGUAGAGGCCUGAUCUACAUGUAUACAUCAAUGAUUGCAACACUGAAACGCGCGCCUCUGUCAUUAAACUCGUCUGAGAAUCUUGCAACCGUGUGCAUCUCCUUUAUUAAGAAUAUUUGCGGCUGAGUAUCAUUGACUAUUUGUGACGUUAAUUGAAAUCCGCCCAAGAGUGGUGCUUAAAUUGUGAUUACAGUAGGUACGUACUUACUUUGCGCGUCAACUAUAGUUUCCAUGCAAGCUGCAGUCUCAUGUCGCUCUGGUAGCGUCAACAGCCUUAACAAAUCACUCUUUAGGCCGUGAUUAUACCUGUAAGUACUCACGUAAGUUGCUAUUGUGCCUUAUUAACUUGCGACUUUCUCAUGCAAGUACCUAUAGUACGCGGUCACCCGCAGUGGGUUAUUGCGGGGUGUGCGGGGCGUCCGCACCCUGGGUGUCAUUUCAACCGAUCACGCACUAUAAUUAUUUAUCAUACAUACUUUACAACUUACGUAAGUUUGAAAAAAAUUACUUGAUUGAGUAAAACUUACAACUAUAGUCGCGUCCUCAGAGUAAUGUCAUAACACGGUUUUAAGAUCGUAAAACUGUGGUCAUAACACUAAUUUUUUGUUUCGGAGAAUGAACGCGAUUAGGGGGCCAGCAGUGGCAUAGUAUCAAUGGUACGAGUACAUGGUGAUAUUUUCGUGUCUUGAUUAUGUCAAACUAAACCUAUAUACAGGUAUAUAGUUGUAUAUGCAGUCCAUAAUCAUGUUGGGCUUGGAAAAUUGUGUGACAUUACAAACCCUUUUACCUCUUUCGUCAAGUUAAUGCUAGGAUAUUUAGGCGCGCAGAGUAGGUAGGUACAUUUUAGAUAAGUAUACCUAUUAUUAACGCAUAAUUUUGAGAACUCACCCGCCAUAUUUGCUAUAUGGGUAUGUCAACUCAUGUCAAAAGUACGGUUCACCCUUAAAUUUUACUUAUUGCUAAAAUCUUACUUUAGACAAUAUGACAGUUGACACAAAGAGCAAAAUGGCGAGUGAGUUCUCAGAAUGUAUGCACUAUACCUUACAUAUUAUUAUGAAUGUACAGUGUUUUGAAUUUUGACUGAAGGAUUAAAGAUUUUUAUUAGGUAAGUACUUACUAAGUUAAUAUAUUAAUGAGUGUUAUUGUUAGUCGAAUUUUAUGUGUCGUCGCAUCUCUAGAAUUUAAUUCGCGCACAAACAGGGAUUGAAUUAAAUACCAUUAUAAUAUUAUUGUAAAUGAUUUUUUAAUGAUUUUUAUAGUUAAUAUGUAUCUCAUUUGUUUGCCAUUGUUUUCUUUUUGGAUAGAAAACAUAAAAUGAUUUUCCUAUAAUUGAACAGACAGAUUUUUAUUAAAUUUUGGUGUCAAUA